AAGGCAAGCUUUUCAUUGGUUCAUCUAGCCAGGAAGAAUUUGCCGCGGGAUUUACUCCAGGUUACGUGUGCUGUUCGUUCGUCGGCAAUAUGGCUGCCGUGGGAUAUGACAAGAGUGCACGGCAAUUCAAGACAGUGUUAAAGUCAGCAUGAUUACUGCCGGAUCGACACUGCCCGGAUGGUCGGGAAAUGCUAUCUGGGGCUCGCAACCAUCCAUCGAUGAAGCUCGUUCGCAAGUGUUCGUGGCGACUGGGAAUGUCUACUCGGUACCACCGGAGUACGAGUCUUGCUUGACAGACACAGAUGCCAAUGUCACUACCACCAACUCCACAUGCCUACCCGAGGGGGUCCUCCAAGAAGCCAUCAUCGCUUUGGAUCUUGAGACCGGGGCCAUCAAGUGGUCACGCGUUGUAUCUCCCCUCGAUUCAUGGAAUACAGCUUGUGGGUUUAUGGCCCUACCCCUGAACGCAGCCGUUUGCCCUGGCACACCAGGCCCUGACGCAGAUUUCGGCAUGGCUCCCACAUUCGUCCCUGCUUCCAUGUGGACACCGAAAGGACUUGAUAUCGUCGUCAUAGGACAGAAGAAUGGAGUCAUCCACACCUUCUCUGCACAAAAUGGCACACUCCUCUGGGCCAGCGCCACCAGCCCUGACGGCGGACAAGGCGGUCUAAUCUGGGGCAUCGCAGCCGACGACCAACGUGUCUACUUCACCGGCGUCAACGGCAAUUCUGUAACUUGGCAAGUCUAGCCCUCGAACUAGACCAUCUCCAACUCGGCAUUCGGCGCCAUUUCCCUCCUCAAUGGCUCUAUACUUUGGGAAACACCGGCCCCUCUUGACUCCAUCGCUUUGGUGCCUCCAACCGUGGUCAAUGAUGUGCUGUUUACUGGCCGCACGGGAACAAACAAAACUGGUAGCUAUGACCUCAAUCAAGGAGGGCUUAUAGCCAUUGACAAACGAUCGGGUCUCAUAAUCAGAGAUUACAAUCUCGAAGUCAAUUUUCAUGGUGGUGUUGCUGUGCAGAAUGACCAUGUCAUGUUUGGGACUGGGUAUAAUGAUUUUGCUGGGAUUGGUGGGUUUCAUGUGUAUACUCUGUAGUCAACUUCGAAGAAGCAAGAAGUACGGCAGACGUCGUCUCUGCGCAAUAGGAAGAAUGUCUGCUUGAGGUAUGCAAGAUUCUGUUUUUGUUUGGUAGUCAGGAGUAAUCGAUGUUUACUGGG